GAACCAGCAGCGGAUAUCGUCCAAGAUGCACCCUCUGCUCGCCGGACGCGUUCUCAGCGAAACAGCCAAUCCACCUCCAAUUCUUCCUCUGCGGCGCAGUCAGAACGACAGCCCCAAACUUACGGCUACCACCAGACAUUCCACACCCACCAGCAACCAACAGCCAGCUCGCCUGCUCCCACCUAUGCGUCUGCCAUUGGCUCGCAGGCUAUUGCCAGGAUCUAUGCCGUUGAAAGGACAAUAGCGAACGCACCCAGAGACAUCCUUCCCUUGUACACGUGUUCUGUGGAGAUUGAAGGGUCAUUGGGUCUAAAGCAUGAGAUGGCCACGCCCUUCCAGUGGGCCAGCAAUCGACAUUGGAGCGACGUUUACGUAGCCCUGCGUGGCACCCAGCUCAACAUAUACCGCAUCAAGAAUCCCGGCUUCCUCAGCAAGAACCGCACGCCAUGUUCUGGCAAAAUCAUCAAAACUUAUUCUCUCCAACACGCCGAAAUUGGUAUAGCAGCAGACUUCAAGAAAACGCGCCUGGUACCGAAAUCGCCCUUUGCCCACUUAGUCCCUGCUUCUGCUCGUCAGAAGGUCUACGAGACAGACCCGCAUCUCUUCGAGCCAGUCCGCGAGUUUGUCUUGCGGUUAAGGGUUGAGACAGAGCAGAUUCUCCUGUGCUGUCCCAGCCAGCCUGCGCUGUUGGACUGGGUGGAAAGCCUUUGUGCUGCCGUUGACAUCGCCCCGCCAAUUGACGACCGAAGUGAGCCUCGAUAUCGCAGCUUGCCUCGACGGAGUAGGAGGCAGAGACAGCUCGAUGGCACUCGUUUACCGGGAAAUCUGGACCAGAUCGGCACCGUGGCUGCUGGACGACGACUUCUGGAAGAGCAGGCACGAAUCAUUGCAACCCUGUAUCCAAAUCUCGCCAACAAUGCCAUCCCUGCCAUCGAAGCAACCGUCCCCGAACAACCACUCGAAACACCUGCCACCCAUGAUUCACAUGAGAGCGAGCUGGCACACGUCAAUUCGGACCCAGAAGCGGACGACCUGGACCCUGCAGAUUUCCAAUUCGCGUCUCGUCGGCCACAGAGCUCUGCUGCAAUUCACUCCGGCACAGAAAAUAACGCGCCAGAGUCAACGACAGGAUCCAAUGAGUUGACUGAGCAGAUCACGAGGACAUCAACUGGGUCGAGUAUCACUACCACGGACCCAAAAGCUGCCCCCAGACAAGCCAGCCCCGGGUCCAACCUCCGCUACCGCCGCCGUUGCGCACCUAUCCUACUCGCUUCAUCACCUAGAGCUAGCGACGUUGUAUUCAGUGCCGGCAAACGCAUGCGUAUCUACUUAAAAGACAAGGAGUGUAUGUUGAUAGACUACGAGUCUCAAGCUCCCCGCUACGACGCCCACGCCUUCCCUCGU